AUGUUGUUAAUUGCUGCAGUGGUCGUGCCCAAUUCAGUUGCUGGCAAUGCUGAUGUCACUGUUAUAAAUGUAGAAGCUUUGGGUGUAGUAGCAGACUCUACUUGGUCUGUUGUUGUUGUCACUGUACCUUCUGUUGUAGUUAUUCUAAUUGUUUCUGGUUUUAUCCUGAUUGUUUCUGGUUUAUUGCUAACAGUUGCUGAUGUUGUUGUGCCCAAUACAGUUGCUGGCAAUGCUGAUGUCACUGGUACCAAGGUUGAAACUUUGAGUGUAGUAGCAGACUCUAUUAGGCCUGUUGUUGUUGUCACUGUAUCUUCUGUUGCAUUUAUCCUGAUUGUUUCUGGUUUAUUGCUAACAGUUGCUGCAGUGGUUGUGCCCAAUUCAGUUGCUGGCAAUGCUGAUGUCACUCGUACCAAGGUUGAAGCUGUAGGUGUAGUAGCAGACUCUACUAGACCUGUUGUUGUUGUCACUGUAUCUUCUGUUGCAUUUAUCCUGAUUGUUUCUGGUUUAUUGCUAACAGUUGCUGAUGUGGUUGUGCCCAAUACAGUCGCUGGCAAUGCUGAUGUCACUCGUACCAAGGUUGAAGCUGUAGGUGUAGUAGCAGACUCUACUAGACCUGUUGUUGUUGUCACUGUAUCUUCUGUUGUAGCUUUCCUGAUUGUUUCUGGUUCAUUGCUAACAGUUGCAGCAGUGGUUGUGCCCAAUGCUGUUGCUGGCAAUGGUGAUGUCAUUGGUACCAAGGGAGAAGUUGCUGAUGUCAUUGUGCCCAAUGCAGUUGCUGGCAAUGCUGAUGUCACUGGAACCAAGGUAGAAUCGUUGGUUGCUGAUGUUGUUGUGCCCAAUACAGUUGCUGGCAAUGCUGAUGUCACUGUAGCUGGCAAUGCUGAUGUCACUGGUACCAAGGUUGAAGCUUUGAGUGUAGUAGCGGACUCUACUAGGCCUGUGGUUGUUGUCACUGUAUCUUCUGCAGUAUUUAUCCUGAUUGUUUCUGGUUCAUUGCUAACAGUUGCUGAUCUGGUUGUGCCCAAUGCAGUUUCUGGCAAUGCUGAUGUCACUGGCACCAAGGUUGAAGCUUUAGGUGUAGUAGCAGACUCUACUAGACCUGUUGUUGUUGUCACUGUAUCUUCUGCAGUAUUUAUCCUGAUUGUUUCUGGUUCAUUGCUAACAGUUACUGAUGUGGUUGUGCCCAAUACAGUUGCUGGCAAUGCGGAUGUCACUGGUACCAAGGUUGAAGCUUUAGGUGUAGUAGCAGACUCUACUAGACCUGUUGUUGUUGUCACUGUAUCUUCUGCAGUAUUUAUCCUGAUUGUUUCUGGUUCAUUGCUAACAGUUACUGAUGUGGUUGUGCCCAAUACAGUUGCUGGCAAUGCGGAUGUCACUGGUACCAAGGUUGAAGCUUUAGGUGUAGUAGCAGACUCUACUAGACCUGUUGUUGUUGUCACUGUAUCUUCUGCAGUAUUUAUCCUGAUUGUUUCUGGUUCAUUGCUAACAGUUACUGAUGUGGUUGUGCCCAAUACAGUUGCUGGCAAUGCGGAUGUCACUGGUACCAAGGUUGAAGCUUUAGGUGUAGUAGCAGACUCUACUAGACCUGUUGUUGUUGUCACUGUAUCUUCUGCAGUAUUUAUCCUGAUUGUUUCUGGUUCAUUGCUAACAGUUACUGAUGUGGUUGUGCCCAAUACAGUUGCUGGCAAUGCGGAUGUCACUGGUACCAAGGUUGAAGCUUUAGGUGUAGUAGCAGACUCUACUAGACCUGUUGUUGUUGUCGUCACUGUAUCUUCUGUUGUAGUUAUCCUGAUUGUUUCUGGCUCAUUGCUAACAGUUGCUGAUCUGGUUGUGCCCAAUGCAGUUGCUGGCAAUGCUGAGGUCACUGGUACCAAGGUUGAAGCUUUAGGUGUAGUAGCAGACUCUACUAGACCUGUUGUUGUUGUCGUCACUGUAUCUUCUGUUGUAGUUAUCCUGAUUGUUUCUGGCUCAUUGCUAACAGUUGCUGAUCUGGUUGUGCCCAAUGCAGUUGCUGGCAAUGCUGAGGUCACUGGUACCAAGGUUGAAGCUUUAGGUGUAGUAGCAGACUCUACUAGACCUGUUGUUGUUGUCGUCACUGUAUCUUCUGUUGUAGUUAUCCUGAUUGUUUCUGGCUCAUUGCUAACAGUUGCUGAUCUGGUUGUGCCCAAUGCAGUUGCUGGCAAUGCUGAGGUCACUGGUACCAAGGUUGAAGCUUUAGGUGUAGUAGCAGACUCUACUAGACCUGUUGUUGUUGUCGUCACUGUAUCUUCUGUUGUAGUUAUCCUGAUUGUUUCUGGCUCAUUGCUAACAGUUGCUGAUCUGGUUGUGCCCAAUGCAGUUGCUGGCAAUGCUGAGGUCACUGGUACCAAGGUUGAAGCUUUAGGUGUAGUAGCAGACUCUACUAGACCUGUUGUUGUUGUCGUCACUGUAUCUUCUGUUGUAGUUAUCCUGAUUGUUUCUGGCUCAUUGCUAACAGUUGCUGAUGUUGUUGUGCCUAAUACAGUUGCUGGCAAUGGUGAUGUCACUGGUACCAAGGUUGAAGCUUUGGGUGUAGUAGCAGACUCUGCUAGGCCUGUUGUUGUUGUCACUGUAUCUUCUGUUGUAGUUAUCCUGAUUGUUUCUGGCUCAUUGCUAACAGUUGCUGAUGUUGUUGUGCCCAAUGCAGUUGCUGGCAGUGCUGAUGUCACUGUUAAAAAUGUAGAAGCUUUGGGUGUAGUAGCAGACUUUACUAGGCCUAUUGUUGUUGUCACUGUAUCUUCUGUUGUAUUUAUCCUGAUUGUUUCUGGUUCAUUGCUAACAGUUGCUGAUGUUGUUGUGCGCAAUGCAGUUGCUGGCAAAUCUGAUGUCACUGGUACCAAGGUAGAAGCUUUGGGUGUAGUAACAGACUCUACUAGACCUGUUGUUGUUGUCACUGUAUCUUCUGUUGUAGUUAUCCUGAUUUUUUCCGGCUCAUUGCUAACAGUUGCUGAUGUUGUUGUGCCCAAUGCAGUUGCUGGCAAUGCUGAUGUCACUGGUACCAAGGGAGAAGGUUUGGGUGUAGUAGCAGACUCUACUAGACCUGUUGUUGUUGUCACUGUAUCUUCUGUUGUAGUUAUCCUGAUUUUUUCCGGCUCAUUGCUAACAGUUGCUGAUGUUGUUGUGCCCAAUGCAGUUGCUGGCAAUGCUGAUGUCACUGGUACCAAGGGAGAAGGUUUGGGUGUAGUAGCAGACUCUACUAGACCUGUUGUUGUUGUCACUGUAUCUUCUGUUGUAGUUAUCCUGAUUUUUUCCGGCUCAUUGCUAACAGUUGCUGAUGUUGUUGUGCCCAAUGCAGUUGCUGGCAAUGCUGAUGUCACUGGUACCAAGGGAGAAGGUUUGGGUGUAGUAGCAGACUCUACUAGACCUGUUGUUGUUGACAGUGUAUAUUCUGUUGUAUUUAUCCUGAUUGUUUCUGGUUUAUUGUUAACAGUUGCUGCAGUGGUUGUGCCCAAUUCAGUUGCUGACAAUGCUGAUGUCACUGUUACAAAUGUAGAAGCUUUGGGUGUAGUAGCAGACUUUACUAGGCCUGUUGUUGUUGUCACUGUAUCUUCUGUUGUAGUUAUUCUAAUUGUUUCUGGUUCAUUGCUAACAGUUGCUGAUGUGGUUGUGCCCAAUACAGUUGCUGGCAAAGCUGAUGUCACUGGUACCAAGGUAGAAGGUUUGGGUGUAGUAGCAGACUCUACUAGACCUGUUCUUGUUGUCAUUGUAUCUUCUCUUGUAUUUAUCCUGAUUGUUUCUGGUUUAUUGCUAACAUUUGCUGCAGUGGUUGUGCCCAAUUCAGUUUCUGGCAAUGCUGAUGUCACUGGCACCAAGUUAUCCUGA